AUGACCGAAUUAACAGACUUUGAAAUUGUUGAGCAGCUUGGAUCGGGAAGCUUUGGUAAGGUGAUGAAAGUUCGAUCGAAGAAGGAUCAACAGUUAUACGUGUGGAAGGAAAUUGAUUAUUCCAAAAUGAGCGAAAAGGAAAAACAACUCAUCGUAUCUGAAGUAAAUAUUUUACGAGGAUUGGAUCAUCCCCAUAUCGUCAAGUAUCAUAAUCGAGUGCUUGAUAGGGCUAGGAAAAAAUUGUACAUUGUCAUGGAAUGUUGUGAAGGUGGUGAUUUGUCUCAAUUCAUUGCAUCUUUGAAAAAGAGGAAGGAAUACAUUGAUGAAGCCACCGUUCUCAAAAUAUUCUCUGAAAUUUGUUCUGCCUUAAAAGAAUGUCAUUUGAGAAAGGGAGGAAAGAUUAUCCAUCGAGAUUUGUUGGGUGAUUUUGGCUUGGCAAGAAUGCUUUCUGAUAAUACCAAGUUGGCACACACAAAAUUAGGCACUCCUUAUUACAUGAGUCCAGAAUUGCUUUCUGAACAUGUUUCUGACCAGGGUUAUAAUGAAAGUUGUGACAUUUGGUCAUUGGGUUGCAUGCUCUAUGAAUUGUGUGCUCUAGAACCUCCAUUCAAGGCUCCAAAUGGAGUGUUGUUAGAAAAGAAGAUUCUAGCAGGAAAGUAUGAUCCAAUUCCUUCUCAAUACAGUCGAGAAUUAUCAGAAUUAAUUGCAAGCAUGCUUCGUAUCAAUGUAAGUUGUCUCGUUUUCAUGAUUUCAAAAUUCAAUCCAAAACAAAUUGAUCUUCUUAACAACCAACCGUUGCAUCGUAUUCCAAAGCCCGAAAAAAGAAUUUCCAUUGCAGAAAUUUGUGACUCAACCAUCAUGAAGUAUCCACUCAUGGAAGCUCAUCUUCAACAAAUGUACAAAAUUCUAAAGGAUAAAGAGAAGGCUCUUGAAAAGAGAGAACUAUUUGUAAGGAAGAAGGAAGAAAAGCUUGAGGAAAUGGAAAAGCAAUUGGAAAAAGAGAAGAGAGAACUUGAAAAACUCAAGAAAGGAAAUAUUGUAAUUACCAAUUCAAAAGCACCUAUAUCACCAGUUGAGGGGGCUCUUGUAGUGUCUCCUCUUUCUAUGGAGGUCAAUAAGGAAAAUAUUUUCCAAACAUUCAAAGUAUAA